AUGCUGUCAAUUUUAUUUGAAUUAUUUCUUAUUACGAUUAACUUUAUACCAUUAUCAUCAUCUAUGAAUAUAUUAAAAGAAUCUUUAUUUUCUUCAUCUAAUAAAAGAAAACUUAAAAGAUCUAGUCGAAAUCUAUUAGGAAAAUAUAAAUUUCGUCAAGCAAAUAAUUCUUUAACUGAUCCACUUUUAUAUACUUUUGAAAAUGCUAAUAUUGAAUUAGAAACAAUUAUUUCUGAAGACGAAUCAAAACCAAAUGAUGAACAUAUUGUUCGUACUCGUUGUUCAAAACAAAAUUUAACACCAUCGGCACAUAAUGGUGGCUCAAUUGUUAUUAUUGAAAAACCUAUAUUACCGAAUGAAACAAUUCAAGCAUUUGCUAUACGACAUCGUGUACCUCUUUUCCAAUUAAAACGUAUAAAUAAUUUACAAAAUGAUCAAGAUUUUUAUGCAUUAACAUGUUGUCGUGUCCCUGUACGUCGUUUUGGUUUACUUCAUGAAUAUUCCGAAUCAUCAUCAUCAUCAUCAUCAACCAUUGUUGAUUCAAAUGAACAAUCAACAAUUUCAUUACCGGUUACACAUCUUUCUCAACAAAAUCAUCUCGCUUUUCUCAAUGCUAUGGAUCAAGACUUAGCAUCAAUGCGUGCUAAUGUCGAACGGUUAAUUGAAGUAUCAUCAACAACAACAUUAAUUUCUAAUCAAUUAACAUCACCAUCAUUAGUAAAAAGUAUGGUAAAACCAGUAAGAAAUACAACUACUCAAUUAAAUUGUGAUGAAGCUGAUUGUGGUUGUAGAUUUUGGCAUAUUAUUAUAAUUGUUAUUCUUAUUGCUCUUAUACCAUUGGUUUGGGUGUAUUUUUAUAUCAAAAAAUAA